GGUCUUAAGCGCCACACUCAAAAUGGCGCCCAGGACUCUCCUUCUCUCGUAUUCGUGUUCCUCUUCCGGUCUCCACGCGCUGUCAAUCUGUAAAAAAAUCCCACCUGUCUAACGUCCUCUGCGCUGUACGACAGAAGUCUGCUAGUGUGUCCACAGAGGCUCACUUCGUCAUGGCAUUGAGGAGUGCUGGUCGUCUGCUUGUGAACAGCCAGAGAUGUGUCCUCUUUACAGCUUCCAGGUCACAGAAAACUGCUGCGGCCUCUCCACUGGAUGCACAGGUGUGUCAUUCCGUUAUUCUAUCAGAUGCCAAGAAGUCUGGUGAAACGAAGCAGGCCAAAACGCCUAAAGUGCAGUUCAACUGGCGUGAUGCUUUGGAGCUGGAAGGUCUGCUGACGGAGGAGGAGGUCAUGAUUCGAGACUCCUUUCGCACCUACUGCCAGGAGAAACUCAUGCCACGCAUCCUGAUGGCCAACAGAAAUGAAGUGUUUCACCGUGAGAUUGUGUCAGAGAUGGGAGAACUUGGUGUUUUGGGACCCACAAUUAAAGGUUACGGCUGCGCCGGCACAAGUUACGUGGCGUACGGUCUCAUCGCCCGUGAGGUGGAGCGAGUGGACAGCGGCUAUCGCUCGGUCAUGAGCGUGCAGUCCUCGCUGGUCAUGCACCCCAUCAACGCUUACGGCACCGAGGAGCAGAAGGAGAAAUACCUGCCCAGAUUGGCGCGAGGAGAGAUGCUAGGUUGUUUCGGACUGACAGAACCAAAUCACGGCAGUGACCCGGGCAGCAUGGAGACCAGGGCCAAGUACAACCCGUCCAGUCGCACCUUCACCCUCACCGGCUCCAAAACUUGGAUAACCAACUCACCAGUGGCUGACGUCUGUGUGGUUUGGGCCAAAUGCGAGGACGGGAAGGUACGUGGCUUCAUCUUGGAGCGUGGCAUGAAAGGUCUGUCCACUCCUAAGAUCGAAGGCAAGUUCUCGCUGCGGGCUUCGGCCACCGGCAUGAUCAUCAUGGACGAGGUGGAAGUGCCAGAGGAAAACCUGCUGCCCAAAGUCUCAGGACUGGCGGGUCCGUUCGGGUGUCUGAAUAAUGCUCGCUAUGGCAUUGCUUGGGGAGCUCUGGGAGCCGCGGAGUUUUGUUUCCACGCCGCACGACAGUACACACUGGACAGAAUCCAGUUUGGAGUUCCUCUAGCCAGAAACCAGCUGAUCCAGAAGAAAAUGGCAGACAUGUUAACCGAGAUCACCAUUGGCCUGCAGUCCUGUCUUCAACUGGGCCGACUAAUAGAUGAGAAAAAAGCGGCUCCAGAGAUGAUCUCUAUGCUGAAGAGGAACUCCUGCGGUAAAGCCCUGGAUAUCGCUAGACAGGCCCGAGACAUGCUGGGAGGAAACGGCAUCGCCGACGAGUAUCACAUCAUUCGUCAUGUCAUGAACCUGGAAUCCGUCAAUACUUAUGAAGGGACCCAUGAUAUCCACGCCCUGAUCCUGGGCAGAGCCAUCACUGGACUGCAGUCCUUCACGGUGGACAAAUGAGCUGCUGUCAGACAUCAUGUCCCCUGACUGCUACUGCCUUUGACCUGCAGCCCAUAUAGUCCCUUGAACGCUUUUAGAGUUUGCAUUAUUUACCAUUACAACUGACUUGAAAUUGUCGAUACAAUAUCCUCUGAAUCUGGUAGUAGUAUUUUAAUUAACGUGUCAUUUUGAAUGUCUGUACUUUAUGUAGCCUUCGUCAGAGAUCUAUUUUUGUAUUCUCUAUUUGAAAUCAAAACACUUUGAAUGGACGUUUGACUGCAGGUUUUUAAGUAGAUUUGUAAAGAAAUGCACCAAGGAUCGCAGAGAUGAAGAGUGCAUGUUGUGGUUUGUACAUUGAUGUAUCAUAGAAAAAUUUCAAAGUGCUGAACAAAAUUGUUUACUGCAGGUGAAUAAAAGAUUAAAUAUUA